AUGGCUGCGCUGCCGCCGCUUUCAGGUUUGGUGGUCUGCGUGGAUGUGCGCACCGACGGCGUCGACGCCUCUGACGCCGUGAAGCGCAAGCUGAAAGACUUGGGCGCAUCUUGCCAGCAAACACCGGGGCGCCGCUGUACCCACCUCGCCCCGCCCUCGUCUCCACCCACCGCCCUGGAAACCAUGGCUGAGGAACCUCGCCCCCUAUCCCCUUCACUUCACGACACCCCCGAUGAGCCCAGCUUGGAGCUCUCGGCCACGGCUGCCGACGAGGACGUCGCCCGCGUCAGCGAUGCCCUCGAAGGCACACCCAGCUCAACGCCGCCCCUCUUGGCGUUGCCAAGCUCCAGCUCGGAUUUGGCUUCAGGCAAGGGAGCCAAGCUGCUUCUCUCCCGCAAGCGCCCACCAACCACGCCCAGCGAGCCCGUCGUAGACCAAGCCCUCAACGACCACCCAACCGAGUCGAUCGCGGUCAAGGAUGAAAGCCCUGCCGAGCUAGCCACGCCAAAAGAAAGCGCAUCGACCAUAACGGCUGCCCGCCAGGACGACAAAGACAAACAGGCCACUCCUCCUGCCGUCAACGACGACACACAAAGCAGAUCGCCAGCAAAGGACGACGUCCACGACAAGAAGAAGGCCAACGACACGAACGAGUCCGAUGCGCAAGAGCAACAUGAACAGGACAACCACAGCCAAAAUGAUGGCGCCGACAAGCUCGAGGCAAGCAAGACGGCAGCCGAUGAGGACCCUUCAGCAGUGGCUGCCUCCACCGACCCACAACCCAGCAGUCAGCCACAGGCCCAGGGCGAAGAAAAGACCGAGGGCACUGCAGACGACCAGUCAUCCUCCGAUGGCGCGGCCGUCACCCCCGCCACUACGACAACCACCAAGCCACGAUCAAGCAAAAAGGCCAAAACUUCUGCCACCAAGUCCAAGGAACUUUCAGUCGAAGGCGCUGGUAUCGGCGCCACGGGUGAGCCUCAGACCAAACGCGGUAAAAAGAGCCCCGUCAUCAAGGCCGGAGCAGACGCGUCGACCAAGGCCUCAAAAGCCCGCGUUUUGGCCAACAGCACCAAAGCCAAUGCUCGACGUGACCUCGAAGCGGCGGACCAGGCUCCUGCGUCCAAACGCGCUGCCAUCCAGCCCGUGGCAGCCAACGAGACAAGUGAUCAAGAGGAUUCGGAAGCCACGCUAACCCCGGUCACACGCCGCGCUGCCAUCCACAGCAUUGUGCUCUCGGGCCUCACCGACGAUGAAUGCGACAUUGCCUCGGCAGUGCUGCGCCAACUGCGGUCCAGCCACCUCUACGUGAUUGCUAGCCAGGUCUCGGAGACGACCACUCAUGUCGUCUCGUCGGGUCGGCGCACUCUCAAGGUGUUGCAGGGAGCUGCUGCCGGCUGCUGGCUCGUAUCCUUUGACUGGAUCGAGGCGUCGGCUGUGGCAAACAAGUGGCUUGACGAGCGCGAUUUUGAGCUUCGCGACCAAUUUCCCCGGGCAGCUGUUUUGCGUGAGGGCAGUCGGCUGCUCAAGAAUCAGCGCGUGUUUGUGGCACCGGAUGUGUCGCCUUCGCGUAAGGAUGUGCUGCGCAUGGUGACGGCGCAGGGCGCUCACGUUGUCCCGGAGCGCGACGACGCUGACCUGGUGCUGGACAACGACGCCAAUGCGGCAACCAGCAAGACGGGGACGGCCAGCGUGCAGCACCACAACGUGCUCGACUCGUUUCUGCAACCAGGUCCCCGGCUCUUUGCCACUCCGAAGCGACCGCACCAGUCAUCCGCCGCCAGAAGAAGUUCCUCUCGGCCCACAGACUUGGCCCAGCCCGACCGGGAGCUUAAUUCCAGCGCCG